CACCGGAACCCGUUUGUGUGCGUCUUUCCACUUGUCUGUGGAUGUGAGACGGUGGUCUUGGGGCGAAAAAACAUCGCCAGAAAAGCGACCGACGGGGUGGGAGAAAAAAAAAAUCCUUUUUCAUGUUUCUACAAAGAGCCUCAAUGACACACCGGGAAAGUGACGCGACGCGUCGCCGACAGGUGAAGCGGCGGAUUUCACUUGCUCGACUUGGGGAAUAAAGUUGUGAAACUUCGAGGUGAAACCGGAGCGCGCGGCUGAGUGAGAGUGGGGUGAGGAGGCUGGAUUUGGCCAAAGUUGGGAGUCCUGCCCUGCUGCUAGCAGGCUAGCUCGGUUAGCAUGCGCACACACCGCGAGCUCUCGGACCACUAACGAGAGCGUCCCUCUGCUGUUCUCCAGCGGAGCUGCUUUAUCUGUAGCAAGACCGCUGCUGACAUUACAGCCCCCACAACGCCUCCUCCAGGGGGAAAAAAAUGGAUCCCGGCUUUUCCUAAAGGCAACCAGACCUAAAGCUGCUUUGUAGAAUCUCUGUCGCUCCCUGACACCCUAAGACAUCUGGGAUGGGGCCCUGGUAGGUCCUUCCAGGGGCCCCUUGCAGCCUGGAACAGAGACACGCAAACCGCGCUCGGAGCCCCAAACCCUUUGAAACCGGACUCAGCCGGGGGUAUCGGGUGCGUUGGUGAAGUGCGACUGCCGAUGCCGCCUCGUGGGGGACUCGACUGGGCGUGAUCAGCUUUAUUCAUGAACCCUCUGGGCAUCCAACAUCCAGGCCGUACCCAGGCAGAGUGUGUUGGAUCAGCUGUUGCUGGGAUGAGGCGGGUCUCCUGGUGGCCUGUGUGGCUGGCUGAGCAGUGGCCCAGGCUGAUGUGAUGGGGUGCAGGAACAGCAAGGUCCUCCCUGAGCCUCCAGGGGACGUUCAGUUGGACCUGGUCAAAAAGGUGGAUCCCCCUCAGACAGAUAUCUAUAAGCACUUCAUACGGGGCGACGGCACCAGGAGCAAGACGGGCGGCGGCUCCCCGUUGCAGGCGCAGGCCCAAGCCGCCACCCCCGCUGCUUCCGCGCAGCCCCCAAAGGACCCGUCCGAGCCGUCGGACCCUCAGCGGAAGAAGGUGGCAAAAUAUCGAGCCAAGUUUGACCCCCGGGUCACCGCCAAGUACAACAUCAAAGCGCUGAUCGGCCGCGGCAGCUUCAGCCGGGUGGUCCGCGUGGAGCACAAGAGCACGCGGCAGCCGUACGCCAUCAAGAUGAUCGAGACCCGCUACCGGGAGGGGAGGGAGGUGUGCGAGUCUGAGCUGUGCGUCCUGCGGCGCGUCCGCCACACCAACAUAAUCCAGCUGAUGGAGGUGUUCGAGACGGCCGAGCGCGUCUACAUGGUGAUGGAGCUGGCCACCGGCGGGGAGCUCUUCGACCGCAUCAUCGCCCGCGGCUCCUUCACCGAGCGGGACGCCACGCGCGUGCUGCAGAUGGUGCUGGACGGCGUCAAGUACCUGCACACCCUGGGCAUCACCCACCGGGACCUGAAGCCGGAGAACCUGCUCUACUACCACCCCGGGUCCGACUCCAAGAUCAUCAUCACCGACUUCGGCCUGGCCAGCAGCAGGAAGAAGGGGGACGAGUGUCUGAUGAAGACCACCUGCGGCACGCCGGAGUACAUCGCCCCCGAGAUCCUGGUGAGGAAGCCCUACACCAACGCCGUGGACAUGUGGGCGCUGGGGGUGAUCUCGUACAUCCUGCUGAGUGGAACCAUGCCCUUUGAGGACGACAACCGCAUGAGGCUCUACCGGCAGAUCCUCAAGGGGAAGUACAGCUUCUCGGGAGAGCCGUGGCCCAGCGUGUCCAACCUGGCCAAGGACUUUGUGGAGCGGAUUCUGACGGUGGACCCCAGCGAGCGGCUCACAGCGGGCCAGGCCAUCAAGCACCCAUGGGUGGUCAGCAUGGCCGCCUCCUCGUCCAUGAAGAACCUGCAGCGCUGCAUCUCCCAGAACCUGCUGAAGCGGGCGUCCUCGCGCUGCCACAGCACCAAGUCGGCGCAGUCCACCCGCUCCAGCCGCUCCACCAAGUCCAACAAAGCGCGCCGCGUGCGAGAGAAGGAGCUGCGCGAGCUCAACCGCCGCUACCAGCAGCAGUACAACGGCUGAGGGGGACAAUAGCUUCCUCCAUGCGGAGCUGCUGCCAGUUGUAGGGGGGGGGGGGG